UUUUAAGAGAAUAACGAUCAAACACAGAAUCACCAUGUCAACAUCUUCUCAAUCGUACCCAAUGAGCGGCGGUGAUGAUAAACACAGUUACAUCCAUAAUUCCUCAUACCAAAAAGCAGGCAUAGAUGGGGUUCAAGAAAAGGCAAGACAAUACAUUUUAAAAAACCUUGAUCUCCUAAAUAUGAAUCCCAAUCUUAGUACUUUUACAAUUGCAGAUUUUGGUUGUUCUAUUGGCCCUAACACUUUUCAUGCUGUUCAAAACAUCAUUGAUAUUGUGAAACUUAAAGAAAGCCAAGAAAAUAGGUUUGUGCCUCUUGAGUUCCAAGUUUACUUCAACGAUCUACCGAACAAUGACUUUAACACGCUCUUUAGGACUCAACCUCCUUCCUCCGGACAAGAAUAUUUCUCGGUCGGAGUUCCAGGUUCUUUCUAUGGAAGGGUGUUACCAAGAAAUAGCAUCCACAUCGGAAAUACUUCCUUCACGACUCAUUGGCUUUCAAAAGUUCCUGAAGAAGUUUGUGACAAGAAAUCUCCAGCUUGGAACAAAAAUUACAUUCAUUGUAAUGAUUUGAUAGAAGAAGUUACCGAGGCUUACAAGGUCCAGUUCACUAAAGACAUGAGGGUCUUUCUUAAAGCUAGAGCUGAAGAACUUGUGGCUGGAGGAUUGAUGAUCGCAUUAGGACAAUGUUUGCCCGAUGGUGUGGCCAUGUAUGAGACAUGGCCAGGUAUUGUGAAGGAUACCAUCGGUGAUUGUCUUCAGGAUAUGGCCACAUUGGGAUUAACCACUGAGGAAAAGAUCGAAAUGUUCAACUUGCCCGUAUAUUUUCCUCAAUCUAGUGAAUUGAAAGGAGCGAUUGAACAAAACAAAAGCUUUACAAUUGAGAUGAUGGAGAUUGUAAGCCAUCCAUUGGAGGCUAUGCAAUUAUCCAACAACUUCGUCACUUCUAUGUAUCGAGCAAUUCUCUCUACAGUUAUAGAAGAACACUUUGGAGAUAGUGUGGUCGAUGAACUAUUUCGUCGAUUUGCUGAGAAACUUUCUAAGCACCCGAUUGAUUUUGAAAAGUGUAAGAAGCAAAUGGUCUAUCAUAUCGUUCUUAAACGAAAGUGAGUACUGAGAUUAUCCAAAACGUUAUGUAUUGUUCAAGUCCAAAGUGUUAUUUCCAGCAUUUGUAAACGUUUUAAAACUUUGAGUUAUAUAUUGUGCUUGUUCCAUUGUGUUAUCGAUUAAUCAUAAUAACAAUAUUAGGCAAAC